AUGGUUGUUUUUUCUACAAUGAUGUUCAAUUCAACUACUGGGGCUGUCACACAUGGUGUCCUUCCUGAUUCCCUGGCUUGCAGUUUUGGCAUGGUGAUGCUGGUGGUUGUUACGGGGCGCAAGGUAGUGCUGGAAAUAGAGGGUGACCACGUCAACAUCAAGCGAUGGGUGACCCCACUGGUGAACACAGGAGCAGUGGCAGAAUUCAAGGACCCUCACUUGGAAGCACCGGAUGAUUUGGUGCUGCGCUUGGCUCGCCUUGCCCUUUCCUGCACUCUGCCUGGGGCCUCCCGUCCCUCCAUGCUUCUAGUGCUGGCUGAGCUGGUGAAUCUGAAGCAGGAGUUGUUUGGGGUGCAGGUUAGCACGUGUGUUUCCAGCAUUGACACGGAAAUUGGAGGCUCUGAUGGCCCCGUUGACUUCAGUGCUGAGAUGGCCCGUGCGAUGCGAGAGGCUGUUAGUGGCGGCUCCUCAACUAUCAUGCCAUAA